CAAAUGCUGAAAAACAUUUGAAAGAUCUAGAAUCUGGAGGUUCGGCGCAAUUUUGAGAUCUCGCUGUGUUUAAAAACAAAAAUAAUUAUAAUUACUGUUAAUUGUGGUUUAUAAAUAUCAUUAAAACAAAAUGAUUAUUCCUGUACGUUGUUUUACUUGUGGCAAAGUUAUUGGAAAUAAAUGGGAAGCUUAUUUGGGUCUUUUGCAAGCCGAAUAUACUGAAGGUGACGCACUGGAUUCGUUGGGAUUGAAACGUUACUGCUGCCGCAGAAUGCUUCUGGGCCACGUGGACUUGAUUGAAAAAUUACUCAAUUACGCUCCGCUUGAAAAAUAAAUAUUUAUCAUUCCAACAUGUAAAUAAUUACCAUUAAGUUUCUUUAAAAAAUAAAUCAUAUAUUUAAUACAAAACGAA